AUGUAUCCAUCUCCGUGGACUACUUCGGUCCCACCGCCUGCAGCUACCAAGCCUAUAGUUAACAGUUAUGAAAACAAUAUGCAGUCAUUUCCAUUUUAUGGUGCAAACACUAUGCAAAAUAUUCCCAUGAAUCAGUCACUUCAACCAAAUGCAAUAGAUCCUGCUAUGGUUCAAAAAUGGCAAGAAUGGAAAAGAUGGGAGGUAUGGCAACAACAAUUUCAACAGUGGCAACAACAGACUGGACAAAUUACUUCUGCAACUACACAACCAGCACCUCCUCCAAUGCCUCCAAGUCAAUCAUUACAACCUUCACAACCCCAUCCAAUCUCAUUUCAAAAUCUACAAUAUUCUUACCAUCCACCAGGACCACCUUUACCAGUAACUAAUCAAUCUCAACAAGUUCAGUAUUUAGAGUAUGAAAAAAAAUGGAUAAAUUGGCGUGAUCAUUUAAAACAGAAGUGUGAAGUAUUAAAGAAAAAGAGGGAACUAAAAUUAGUUGAAAAAAAGAAAGAAACUAUUCAAGUGGAAGAAAAUAAGUUACAAACCCAACAGAGAUUAAGCUACAAUCCCAUGAUGCCAAAUAAUGCUAAUUUAACAAAUGAACCACCUUUAGGACCACCACCACCUUCAUUACAGCAAUCGCAUAAUAAUCCGAUGACACAUUCAAACUCUGAAAAUCAAAUACCUGGAUUGGAUUUAGAUAGCAAUAAUGAAAAUUCAACUAAAGGAUUUCUGAAUGUAUCAAGGAUUAUUCCCCAAAAUCAAAUGAGACCCUUUCAAACCCCGGAUGACAAGCCAUUUAAUUUUCCGAAAAGUAUUAUGAACCCCUCAACAUUAAAUUCAGAUCCUCUUAAUAUGCCUCAUAACAAAAUGAAUCAACCACCUACACCUAUGUACAAAAAUGCUUCUAGUUGGUCUAAGUAUAAUAAUCCUGUGGUAUAUCACAAUCAAAUACCACCAGAUGUUGUUAACACUUCAAUAUCUAGCUUUAGUCAAAAAACUGAUGUUGAUUCCAGGCUACCAUAUGAUGGAAAUAUGCCUAAUUCAAAUUAUAAUAGUUCACAAAAUGCUUCUAAUAUGAAUUAUAGAAGACCAUUAUUGGAAGGAUCUUAUAAUAAAUCAUCAAGUGAUGCUAGUACGCUGUACAAUAAGCCCCCAGAUGAUCAAUCAUUUAAUAGACAUUUUAAUACAUCAUCGAGUAGUAAUUUCCAUGGUUACAACCAAACAAAAGGAAAUGGUUCUGAUUUUAGCAAUUUCAGCAGACAACCAGAUAACCUUAACACUCCUCAUCAACAAUCAAAUCCAUGUUUGAACACAGCAUCUUCAAAGCCACCUUCUUUGUUAAGCCUGAACUUAAUCAAACCCAUUACACUAGAUAAGCCGGGAAAUUACUUGGAAAAUCAGAAUGAUGCACCAGAUAGAUAUGAAAGAAACUGGAAUAUUGCUGACGAAGAAGAUGAUCCUGAAAAUGAAUAUAUGGAAGCACAUAAAAAAUUUAGUUCAGAACCGUUUGAUAAUCAAAAUGAUGAAGAUGAACAGUUUUCAAAUAAACAACACCGAAAUAUGUAUAAUGAAAAUCAUUAUUCUAGAGAAGUAUCAGGUGCAAGACAUAUUAAUGAUGAUUAUUUGCGACCUUUAAGUCAAUCAAGAGAAUCACAAAUCAUGAGAAAUACUGACAAUAAAUAUGUCCGACCAAAUUCCCAAUUUUCUAGGAAUAUUAAUCAAGGAUAUUCUCAAGAAAUGCUAACAUUAAAAAACAAUGAAGAUGAUUUCUUUAAAUCUCAAAAAAAUAUAAGAAAUGCGGAUAAAAGAUUUUCUAUGGGAACACCACUUUUAAAUGACAAUGAUGAAGAGUUUUCUAAUGAACCUAUUAUUGAUAAAAAUAAUUUUGUAUCGCAAAAAAAGAUAGACCUCCCUCAAUAG